UCAACAUGAACCAUGAGCUCUCAUCUGAACUUCCCAAAAACUCUCAUUACAAUCUGCAAUGUUUACAUAUGACGCAAAAGAAUAAAAGUAAGAGGGAGCUGGUUUCACAGAGAGAAACACCAGGGCGACGGAUAUCGAUUGUGGCAAUGCUUAAUUCUCAUGACGGAUGUACAGAACCGUGAUCCACAGCAUCACGGUGUGAAUUACACUUUGAAGGAUAUCUGAUCGCCACCAACAACGAUGUCGGGUUUCCCCGCUGUUUUGUUUUGCCUCUUGCACAUGCUGUUUUUAACGAAAAUAUACCUCUGUAUGGAAACUGAUUUUUGUGAACCUGUUCGACUUGACCGUGAAAAUUUCCCAAGUCAUGACAAACUGAACAAAGAACUUGUUGUUUACAGAAUAAACGCUUUCAAUCAGGAAUUUUAUCUCAAUCUUCUGCCUGACUCCAGUUUUCUGGCUCCUGAAGGCACAUUUCAGUAUGACACAACAUCUUCAGGUGCAUUUUUAGGAGAGGAUUUUAGAAGAUGCUUUUACUCCGGUGAUAUUAAUUUAGACAGGAAUUCAUAUGCAGCUCUCAGUCUCUGUGGAGGCAUCCGAGGAGCGUUUUCUUAUAACGGGAUGGAGUACUUCAUAGAGCGCAGGUCGACCAACGCAGCACCAGAUGAUGCUGAAAAAACGCACAUCAUCCGCAGAAGACAUCACGCUUCGAGCUCAACUUCUAGGUGCGGAGUUACAUCCAGUUCAAACCAGGGCGUUGUGGAGUCUUUAAAAAAGUACAAACAUGUGAAGGGACAUACGAGGAACUUGACAGAAACUUUGUUAAAAAGCAUGAGCAGAUCGAAAAGAUUCGCCUCUAUACCGAGGUACGUAGAGGUCCUGGUUGUUGCUGAUGAGUCUAUGGCAAAGUUCCACGGCGACGACCUGAAGCAUUACCUUUUGACUCUCAUGUCUGUCACUGCAAAGCUGUACAAACACCCCAGUAUCUUAAACGCCAUCAGUAUAGUGGUUGUAAAGCUUAUGGUGAUUAAUGAGGCAGAAAAAGGACCCAAAGUAUCCGGUAACGCGGCACUAACGCUGCGCAAUUUCUGCACCUGGCAGAAGAAGCUGAACAAGAUGAACGACAAACACCCAGAGUACUGGGACACGGCUAUUUUGUUUACAAAGCAGGACCUGUGUGGGGCCUCCACGUGUGACACUCUGGGUAUGGCUGAUGUAGGCACCAUGUGUGAUCCUAAGAGGAGCUGCUCAGUUAUUGAAGAUGAUGGUCUCCCCUCAGCCUUCACCACCGCACAUGAACUAGGGCAUGUGUUCAGCAUGCCACAUGACAAUGUGAAGGCUUGUGAGGAGGUAUUUGGAAAGCUCAAGGACAACCAUAUGAUGUCUCCCACACUGAUCCAGAUUGACCACAACAUGCCCUGGUCUGUCUGCAGCGCUGCCAUCAUCACAGACUUCCUGGACGCAGGCCACGGUGACUGUCUGCUGGAUCAGCCCCAAAAGCUCUUGGCUCUUCCAGAUGACCCUCCGGGCGUCAGCUACUCGCUCAGCCGUCAGUGCGAACUGGCCUUCGGCUCAGGAUCCAAGCCCUGUCCGUACAUGCAGCCCUGCUCUAAACUGUGGUGCACGGGGAAAGCUAAAGGACAGCUGGUGUGUCAGACUCGACACUUUCCCUGGGCUGACGGUACGACCUGUGGUAGCAACAAGCUGUGCUAUCGGGGGAUCUGUAUUGAUAAGCAAAAUACCACCAAAGACAAGGUAGACGGCCAUUGGGGUCGGUGGGGUCCAUACGGUCCAUGUUCCCGUACUUGUGGGGGAGGGGUGCAGCUCGCCAAAAGGGACUGUAACAACCCCGCCCCUGAAAACGGGGGCAAGUACUGCCAAGGACUGAGAGUGAAGCAUCGCUCCUGCAACUUAGAACCCUGUAAAGACUCAGGAAAGAGCUUUCGAGAGGAGCAGUGCGAGUCAUUCAAUGGCAUCAGUCUGAACACUAACAGACUGAGCCCGUCUGUCGUCUGGGUCCCGAAAUACUCUGGAGUCUCUGUUAAGGACAGAUGCAAGCUCAUCUGCCGAGCCAACGGCACAGGAUACUUCUACGCUCUCUCGCAGAAGGUGGUGGACGGGACCCCUUGUUCUCCUGAUACCUCAGCGGUCUGUGUUCAGGGAAAGUGCAUUAAGGCUGGUUGUGAUGGCAAACUGAGCUCCAACAUGAAGUUUGACAAAUGUGGUGUGUGUGGCGGAGACAACCAAAACUGCAAGAAAGUCUCUGGAAUGUUCACAAAACCCAUGCAUGGAUAUAAUUUUGUGGUGACUCUACCAGUCGGAGCUGCAAACGUGGACGUAAGGCAGCGCGGUUACCGUGGCUUGGUUAACGAUGACAACUACUUAGCAGUAAAGAACGUCCACGGCAAAUAUCUUUUGAAUGGAAACUUUGUGGUUUCAGCGGUCGAAAAAGACAUUAUCGUAAGGGGAAGUCUGCUGCGCUACAGUGGAACCGGCACAUCGGUGGAGAUGCUGCAGGUCUCCAGACCUCUCAAAGAGUCUCUCACGGUGGAACUGUUGUCGGUGGGUCAAAUGACACCGCCUCGAGUGCGCUACUCUUACUACCUGAAUGUGGGAAAUAAGGAAAGCAAAGUCAUAAAGAAGGAGGAGAGGAACCCUACGCAGAACAGCGUGCUGGAGGACAGCAAUAAAGUAGAGCUGAAGAAGCCAACUUAUCAGAUGCCGUCUUAUAAGUGGGUGGCGGCAGAUUGGAAUAAGUGCUCGGUUACCUGUGGGAACGGGGUUCAGAAUAGACUGAUACAGUGUUUGGAUUCGAAUGGGGAAACAGCCACACACUGUGAUAGCACAGAAAAGCCCAGUGCCAUAAGAGUGUGUGGUGACCCUUGCCCAACGUGGAGCAUCGCCGAAUGGUCCUCAUGCUCUAAAACCUGCGGGAAAGGCUUUAAGAGACGCCCACUGCGAUGCAUCUCUCACACUGGGCUGCAUUUACCUAGAGACCACUGCUCAAGCAAAAGAAAGCCACAGGAACUGGACUUUUGCAACAUUCGGCCCUGCUAAUGAACGAUUUGGUAUUUUCUAGGAUCCAUUUUAUGGAGACAAAGUGAUCGAUUUACGUGUGCAUCCUGUGUUGCCUCAUUUGUAACGGGAAUACUGUCAUGAAACAAAGACAAAGCACGUCUUUUACCAUUACAAUGUCACAUGUUAAAGGAUUAGUUCACUUCUAGAAUAAAAACUUCCUGAUAAUAUACUUACCCCCAUGUCAUCCAUGUUUAUGUCAUUCUUUCUUCAGUCAAAACGAAAUGAAGGUUUUUGGGGAAAACAUUCCAGGAUUUUUCUCCAUAUUGUGGACUUCAGUGUGGAUCAAUAGGUUGAAGGUCCAAACUGCAGUUUCAAUGCAGCUUCAAAAGGCUCUACAUGAUCCCUAUCUAGCAAAAUGAUCGGUCAUUUGCUAAAAUAAAAUAAAAAUUUGUAUACUUUUUAACCACAAACGCUCCUCUUGCACUAGCUCAACUUCACGCAUUACGUAAUCACAUUGGGAAGGUCACAUGUGAUGUAGGUGGAAACGUGCAAAGAAAGUCAAAUACCCUUGACAAAAAAUUUGGUAAAAUAAAGAUGAUGGACGAUUUUAAAGUUGGAGUUUCUCGCGCUACCCUACCUUUUUUAACUAGAGUACACAGACGAAGAACCAUGCGCAACCUUUCCAACAUGAUUACAUAAUGCGUGAAUUCUCGCAUUGCAGAGCUAGUGCAAGAUGAGCAUUUGUGGUUAAAAAGUAUAUAAAUUUGCAUUUUUUCUAGAAAAUAACAUUUUACUAGAUAAGACCCUUAUUCCUCGGCUAGAGCCCUUUGAAGCGCAUUGAAACUGCAGUUUGGACCUUCAACUUGUUGAUCCCCAUUGAAGCCAAAUAAAUGGAGAAAAAUCCUGGAAUGUUUUCCUCAAAAACCUUAAUUUCUUUUCAUCUGAAGACAGAAAGACAUGAAUAUCUUGGAUGACACGGGGUGAGUAAAUUAUGAGGAAAUUUUUAUUCUGUAAGUGAACUAAUCCUUUAUCGUACAGAUAUCGCCUACCUCGAAAAGGACAGGGUGUUUUAAAGUAACCAAAUAACACAGAGCACAUCAAGUUGUAAAAGGUUAUGCUAUGGCAUUAAAACUGUCACAAAAACAGACGUCUUCUCUACACAUGGUUUGUAGAUAAAGUCACGAUAUCAGACAGUGUUUGUAUUCAGACUUUAAAUACAUGUGAAUAAUUUGAUCUAAAUGUGAAGCAUAUUGUAUGCAAAAAAAUGCACUAUUGAUCAUUUGUAUUCAUAUAUUAAGCUGAGAUCAGUAGAUUAAAGCAUUCCUACGCAUUGAAGGUUCAAUAAGCAGAAUUUAGGGUUAUAUGUAAGUUUAGAGAAGAAAAAACAACGAUGCCAAAAGUAGGCUUUUAGUUUGGGUUUAGAAAAAGUAAUCAGCUAUUUACCCUUUUAUUUUGGGCAGAAGAGAAAAGAUUGUGAGCACAUAUUUACAAAUAAUGUUAAUGUUUAAUAUAAUGGCACUGUACACAAAGGGAUAAAACAGUUAAAUACUAUAACUAAAUCAGUUAAUGUACUUUAUGGCAAUAAACUUCACCAGUUCAACUAUCUAUAUAAGUAAA